CGCUGAAAACAUUCACCCCUUCACCACACACACACACACACCACCAGGAACCGAUUUCACAAUAAAUGGAUAAGGAGACAAACACCCCGGGCCAACUCAACACCUCUCUCCUCAGGUCGCAGUGAAAUGAGGGGAGCAUGGGGGCCAAAGAGUCGAGGAUAGGGUUCCUGUCGUAUGACGAGGCCGUCAAGAGAGUCACUGAUGUGGAAUUGAAACGGCUGAAGGAUGCCUUCAAGAGAACCAGCGGCCUCUCCUAUUACAUGACUCAACAGUGCUUCUACAGGGAAGUGCUGGGAGAUGGAGUUCCUCCUAAAGUUGCAGAGGUUAUUUACACCUCGUUUGGAGGCUCAUCUAAAGGGCUACACUUCAACAAUCUGAUCGUGGGUCUGGUGCUUCUGACCAGAGGACGCGAUGAGGAGAAGGCCAAAUACCUCUUCAGCCUGUUUGCCAGUGAUCUGGGCGGAUACGCUGCCAGAGAAGAUAUAGAGGCAGUUCUCCAGGUCCUGGAUGGAGAAGUUCCCAUCUCCCUCAAGAAAUGCUUCAGCGAGGGUGACAAGGUGAACUAUGAGCGCUUCAGGAGCUGGUUGCUGCAGAAUAAGGAGGCCUUCACUUUGUCCCGAUGGCUUCUCUCUGGAGGAGUGUGUGUCACACUCACUGAUGACAGCGACACACCCACCUUCUACCAGACCCUGGCUGGCGUCACACACCUGGAGGAGUCGGACAUUAUAGACUUGGAGAAGCGCUACUGGCUGCUGAAAGCGCAGUCAAGAACUGGCCGCUUUGACUUGGAAACCUUUGUCCCACUGGUCUCUCCACCUAUCCAUGCCUCUCUGAGUGAAGGCCUGUUUCACGCCUUUGAUGAGAAUCGGGACAAUCACAUCGACUUUAAAGAGAUCUCUUGUGGACUCUCAGCAUGCUGCAGGGGGCCCAUCGCUGAAAGGCAGAAAUUUUGCUUCAAAGUGUUCGAUGUGGAUCGUGAUGGGGUUCUGUCUCGAGAUGAACUCCAUGAAAUGGUGGUGGCCUUGCUGGAGGUGUGGAAGGACAAUCGCACAGACACACUCCCUGAGCUGCACAGUAGCGUGUCAGACAUCGUUGAGGGUAUCCUGAAGAUGCAUGACACAACCAAGCUGGGUCACCUGACUCUGGAGGACUACCAAAUAUGGAGCGUAAAGAGCGCAUUGGCCAACGAGUUUCUAAACCUUCUUUUCCAGGUUUGCCACAUAGUCCUGGGGCUCAGACCUGCGACUCCUGAAGAGGAGGGACAAAUUAUCAGAGGUUGGUUAGAGAGGGAGAGCAGACAUGGGCUGCAGCAAGGCCAGAACUGGUUCCUCAUAUCCAUGCUGUGGUGGCAGCAGUGGAAGGACUAUGUCAAAUACGGCAGUCCCUGCUGUUGUCUUCCUGUCCAGGAGCAUAAAGGCAUCGUGGUGGAGCAGCCAUCCAUCCUGAGCUCACUGCGAAGUCCGAUGGCCACAGCCGCCAUAGAGCCUGCCCCUCCGGAUAGACUGGGAGGACUGGGAAACUUCAGCGCUGUCAGCCCCACUGAGGAGAGGUCACCUGAUGCUGUGUCCAGUGCCUCAGAGGCCACAGAGACUGCAGCCCUGAGCCCUCAGGUAGCUCCGUCCGCUACAGAGAGCUGUUUUGCCCGUCAGCACAACGUAUCAGACAACAACAAUCAGUGUUUUUCUGGAGCCAAUGGACACCUCCCCUCGCAGGUGGCAGCACAAAGACCUGGAGCUAUCGACAACCAGUCUCUGGUCACCACCGACCCCAUGAAGGCCCCCACGUUAACCAUGGAGGGUGGCAGGCUGAAGCGCUCCCGGCAGCUGGUGCCAGACUUUGAGACGGUGCCAGAGCCGGUGUGGCGGGCGCUCUACCACUGGUACGGUGCCAACCUCAGUCUGCCGCGUCCGGUUAUCCUGGAGAGCAAGACGGGCCACGCAGAGCUGGAGCUCUUUCCCCGCUACGUCCUCUUCCUCCGCCAGCAACCAGCAACGCGCUCCCCACAGUCCAACAUCUGGGUCAAUAUGGGUAUGACCAGCCUGCGAAUGUUCCCUCCGCAUAUAAACCCCCCAAGAGCAGGUAAUGUUCCAUCCCCCAAUGCUCCUCUCAAGAGGGUGCUGGCCUACACAGGCUGCUUCAGCCGUAUGGCCACCAUCAAGGACAUCCACUUCUACCUGUCCCAGAGACUCCGCAUCAAGGAGGAGGACAUGAGACUCUGGCUCUACAACAGUGAGAACUACCUCACCCUCCUGGAUGAUGAAGAUCACACGCUAGAGAGUCUGAAGAUCCAUGAUGAGCAGCAGCUAGUUAUAGAAGUCAGGAACAAAGAUAUGAGUUGGCCUGAGGAGAUGUCUUUCAUUGCCAACAGUAGUAAGAUGGACAGACACAAAGUUCCCACAGAGAAGGGAGCCACUGGUCUCAGUAACCUUGGCAACACCUGCUUCAUGAACUCCAGUAUCCAGUGUGUGAGCAACACCAAGCCACUCUCAGACUACUUCAUCUCAGGGAGACACCUCUAUGAGCUCAAUAGAACCAAUCCCAUUGGGAUGCGAGGUCACAUGGCCAAGUGUUACGGCGACCUGGUGAUGGAGCUGUGGAGCGGCACACAGAAGAAUGUGGCUCCCCUCAAACUCAGAUGGACGAUAGCAAAGUAUGCCCCACGGUUCAAUGGCUUCCAGCAGCAGGACUCCCAGGAGCUGCUAGCCUUCCUGCUGGAUGGUCUACAUGAAGAUCUAAACCGAGUCCAUGAGAAACCUUACGUGGAGCUGAAGGACAGUGAUGGCCGGCCUGACUGGGAGGUGGCCUCUGAGGCAUGGGAGAACCACUUGCGCAGGAACCGUUCCAUCGUGGUGGAUCUGUUCCACGGUCAGCUCAAGUCCCAGGUGAAAUGUAAGACCUGUGGCCACAUUAGCGCUCGCUUUGACCCUUUCAACUUCCUGUCUCUACCCCUGCCCAUGGACAGCUCCAUGCAUCUGGAGAUCACAGUCAUUAAACUGGACGGCUCCACACCUGUGCGCUAUGGCCUGAGGUUGAAUAUGGAUGAAAAGUACACGGGACUGAAGAAACAGCUGAGUGAACUUUGCAGUCUGAAGCCGGAGCAGAUCCUUCUGGCUGAGGUCCACACCUCCAACAUCAAGAACUUCCCUCAGGACAACCAGAAGGUGCGUCUGUCAGUAAACGGCUUCCUGUGUGCGUUUGAGAUCCCGGUGCCAGGUUCACCAACGUCCCUGAGCUCGCCCACACUGACAGACAUCACCCCAGUGGCCAAUGGCUCAGCUGCUAAUGGGCACCUGGGCAAUAAGUCUGUCCUCAUCCCUAACGGUGGGCCCAGCACUAUGGUGCCCUGCAGCCCUGACACGCCCCUCGCCAGUGGAGUCGCCAACGGACACAUCACACCGGUGCAGGAAAGCCCGUUCAUUGGAUACAUCAUCGCCAUGCACAGGAAGAUGAUGCGCACAGAGCUGUACUUCCUGUCAUCUCAGAAGAAUCGGCCCAGUUUGUUCGGCAUGCCCCUCAUAGUUCCCUGCACUGUCCACACCAGUAAGAAAGACCUGUAUGACGCCGUCUGGAUCCAAGUCUCCCGUCUGGCCAGCCCACUCCCGCCACAGGAAGCUAGUAACCACGCCCAGGACUGUGAUGACAGUAUGGGCUACCAGUACCCCUUCACUUUGCGGGUCGUGGGUAAGGAUGGUAACUCGUGUGCCUGGUGUCCCUGGUACAGGUUCUGUCGAGGCUGUACAAUAGACUGCACAGAGGACAGAGCCUGUGUUGGGAAUGCUUAUAUUGCUGUGGACUGGGACCCCACUGCCCUGCACCUCCGCUACCAGACCUCCCAGGAGAGGAUUGUGGAGGAGCACUGCAGUGUGGAGCAGUCCCGUCGGGCCCAGGCUGAGCCAAUCAGUUUGGACAGCUGUCUGAAGGCCUUCACCAGUGAAGAGGAGCUGGGAGAGGAUGAGCUCUAUUACUGUUCCAAGUGCAAGACCCAUCGGCUAGCCACGAAAAAACUGGACCUCUGGAGGCUGCCACCCAUUCUGAUUGUCCACUUGAAGCGCUUCCAGUUUGUUAAUGGUCGCUGGAUCAAGUCCCAGAAGAUUGUCAAGUUCCCGCGGGGGAACUUUGACCCCAGCGCCUUCCUGGCUCCCAGAGACCUGGAGCAGCACUGCCUCCACUCACGUAGUGAGAGUGAGGAUCUACUGAGGGUCGGAGAAGACAACCUGUCCUCCAUCUCUGCUCCCGCUGGCUUCUGCAACCUCCCCAAAGCCUCCCCUGCCUCGAGCAGGAAGUCAGCUCCUUCUCUCAGCCGGACCAGCAGCCCCUCCAGUAGCCCAAAGAGCGGAGGGCGAAGGCCUGGCCGACUACGCCUGCCUCAGCUGGGCAGCAGACACCGCCUGUCUAACAGCAAGGAGAACCUGGAUGCAGUUGUAAAUCCGGAGGCUGAGCCCCGGGAGGAUGCUCCACAGGCAGACACAGAGGGGAGUGCAGUAGCAGGGGCGAUGGGCCUUCCUGGAUCAGCAGAAGCAAACGCAUCAGAGUCAAUGUGCAGUACUGAGGCAUCCAGCAGCCACUGUGAUGUGGUCUUGUUGAACGGUGAUACCAACGGGAUGAGCUCAGACUGCAGCAGUGAGAGCAACAUGGAUGCCGACAACUCGCUGCUUCAGCACAGAGACAACAUGUGUCUGGACGCCAUCUACAACCUCUAUGCAAUAUCAUGCCAUUCAGGAAUCAUGGGAGGAGGCCACUAUGUGACGUAUGCCAAAAACCCCAAUGAGAAGUGGUACUGUUACAACGACAGCAGUUGUAAGGAAGUGCCCUCGGAGGAAGUCGACACCGACUCAGCCUACAUCCUCUUCUAUGAGCAGCAAGGUGUAAACUACUCCCAGUUCCUGCCAAAGAUCGAUGGCAAGAAGAUGGCCGACACCAGUAGCAUGGACGAAGACUUUGAGUCUGACUACAAGAAAUACUGUGUCCUCCAGUGAUGGCGCAUUGUCUUCCAUCAGCCAGCACUAUGCCUGCUCUCUGCUGCCCCAUGCUGCUCUGAGCAGGAAGCACCAGACAUUCUGAUCAGUCUGAAGAAUUCUCACAAACUGCUAAUGACCAGAGUCAGACUGUGCUCUCUGUCUUUAGGGAUGCGUCGCAGCACUUUCUACACUUGAUCGCAAACAUGGAUUAGUGCAAAGGUUUGCCAAGACAACAUGGAAGCCCCGGUGAAAGCACUAAACUGGUGCACUUUGCUCAACCCCUCCUCCCCUUCCUUCCCCUCCUCCUCCUCACGUGAACAACAUCCGCCAUAACAUACAUGUAACAUAUACUCGCAUACUAACACAUCUCUGAAUGUAUGCCAGUAUGGCCAAGUCAUGAAGUGAUGUUGCUUUGUUAUUGUGCAUUUAUCAUUUGUGAUGUCAGAGUGGGGAAAAAGAGACAACUGGAGUUAACGUGUGAUCUGAGCCCGGAUAUCUUACCUGCAGAAGGAAAAUAGUAAGACUACGUAAUGCUUUCUAUUUGUAAAUGCACAGCCAAUGAUUGAAGACACUUUUAAUGCCAAGUGUAAACAGAGCCCAAACCGUGUGCGUUGAUGUCACAUUUGAUGCCACAAGUCAACAUGAUGAUGAAAUCUGGUGUCUGGUAAACUUUAAAAAAAGUGGUUCUAGUAGUGAUUGUUUCACGAAGGAAGAUUUAAGUCAUAUGCUACCUCAUUGCUUCUUGCAGCCGCUCAGCCACUUGUACCCUAAAAGUCUGACAGUAUUAAUAAUAUAAAAAUGCGUCCUUCCUGUAGGAGACAUGGUACAAACAUUUCACCCCCACCCAAUCAAUCUGCCCCCCCUUAUGGGGAUAAUCACACACAUCCCGAUGACCACAUGAAAUUAGGCGCUUUUGCCAAAACUGUUUCAUCCUGCAGCUGCCAUAUAUCAGUGUUGAUUUGUGCAAUGUUGAUCUGUGUGUAUCCAUAACUUCGCGGAGAAUCUCUGAAAAGCUUGAGCAGGAAUCUUUGAUUUGCUUAGGACAGGUGCCAUGAUUUCAGAAGAGACAUGCUUAUAUAAUAAUUAAUAUACAACAUAUGUUUGAUAUUUCUUUUCUUUUUAUACUGCACAUGCAUUGUUUUUUUUUUUAUAGAUUUGUUGUUUUGAAACAGGCCUCAGGAGCCCCUUCAGGUCAGGGAUGAUAUUUAUCUCAAAGCCACACUUAGAGCAGUCAGGCUCAUCUUCACAGCUCUGUCUCAACAUGUACCUUUCACCCACUGCAGGUGAGAUUCAAACCCGUCCGUGACACUAACGUUCGCACCCUCCCAAAUAAGAAAGGAGAAAAAGAAGUGAUCAACAAUUAAUUCACCUUCAUUUUAACAUUGUUACUUAAAGAGUAAUUUUAAAGACUGCUCCACAGAUUUAGCAUCACACUCCUCUAGCACCCCUGAACUUACCUGGACAGCUUAACAAACAGGAAUCCAAAUCUGUGCAGCAGAACCAAAGAUGUCGUCUUUUUAAUUCCCCACAUUCUUAGUUAUAGUCAAAACCUGGCUUCUACAUCACCUACAGUGCAAUUUAACUUAAAUUAGCUGCUAGUAGCCUCAAACCUGAAGUCUCCAGGAGACACGAGGAGCAGGCUACAGAGUCUGUCCAGCUCACUUCUUUCUAAAUUCACUCCCAAGAUUUUCUAAAUCAUAUUCUUCAGCUCAAUGGCUGUAGGUAAAGAAGGAAUGCGAAGACUGCUCCCUUAAAUUGAAGUUAAACAUAUGCCCAACAUAUCGCCCGAGUAGAAGAUGGUCCAGUAGUAGUAGUGGUAGCAGCUGUAGUGUUCCUGGUGUCACUGAUGGCUGUGUUGGCACUUACCUGAACCUCCAACCACACUCAACAACGAUGUCACAGUGUCAUGGGGUAAACCUGUACAUCCCUGCAGUCGGGUGAGAAGUUGACCCUGCUAAAUAUCUGUGGAAGCUUUAGUAACACUGGAUUACUAACUGGGUAGAGUGGCCACCUCCACUUCCCAGACUCUUAUGGGCCCAAAACUAAUUUAAAAAACUGCUAAUUUAGUUGAUACUAUGUGCAGUUAGAUAUGAACUUAUUUGACAAGGGCCUCAGGAGGUCCUGUGUCCAAAUCUAGUUUUAAUACCUUCAGUAUUUCACUUGUCACUAUAAUUGUAUUUCUAAAUAUUAUUUUUGUUGAAUCUAUCUUUUAUUCAUUUAUCAUAAACUAACUUUAUUCCCGUUCUUGUUCAUGGGUUAAUCUGUCCCCGUGGACCCAGAAUACCCCAUGGACCCAGUUAUGUCUAUGUGAACUCAUUGGUAGGUGAUGUGGUACAGUGAGAGACAGUCAUUUAAAUUAAUCCCUAGUGUCAUAUCAUAUAUCAUAUCAUCAUAAUCCCACUGGAUUUCAACAAAUACAAGAAAAACACAACACAACUCCAGUACCUGAAGUAAAGGAAACGAUAACAACAUUUCAGAUCGGCUGAUGAUUUAAGUUGACUGUUUAUUUAUACUUAAAACUAACCAAAGCCUGUUGAAUCUGUUGAGAGCUAAGGCAUGUGUCUGGACAGUAGUUGUAUCUGUUAUCUUAUCACUCAUCACUGGACCCAACAUUUAGAUAAUGUAUAUCUUUUUUUUUUUUUCUUUGUGCUGAAUCUAAAUACCCGUUAAAUGUAAAUUCUAAAUUCUGUUGCUCUUCUUAUCUGAAGGUUUGAUGUGACUGUUGAGGUUAGUUUGUAAUGAACAAACGCAUGUGUUGCUGUGCAGAGUCCUGCAGCAGAGAUGAGUCUGCUGUGUGGGACUCUAAUCACUGUGAACAGACUGCGGACGAUUUUCCCACUUUGUCUUCUAGAUCACAUGAGAUGAAUCGUUGUGUUCGCCCCUUUUAGCUGCUGUAUUUAUGAGAAGGUGGUGUCAUUAUGGACGUCUGUGUGUGGAGAGAUCUCUGUCACUGUUCCCUUCCUUUGCAGAGUAUGUUUAUUGAACAAAUGGAAAUGUACAUACAAGGGCUCUCUUUGAAUGAGCUCUUUUUUUUCCUCCCUCCUUUGCACCGAGCUGUAGCCCAUGCCCAGUUUCUGUCCGUGUUUGUCAUCACAUGGCUCAAAGGGAAGCAUUUAACUAAGGAUCUGUCUCUUCAGUCCCCAAUUGGAAAUGUCUGCUUCCUUUAAUGUUGCAAUAGCUGUCAAAUUAUUUUACUCCCCUUUGGCCCUCAAACGACUACUUGUGUGAUGCUAUGCUAACUACACCUGUGGCUUCAACUGUAUUAGCAAAAAUACAAUGUUUAGAGUUGAGGGUAAUUUCAGCACAACUUUUAUAAUCCCGGAACAAAGAUUUUUCUGCCCAACAGAACUGAGCUCUGAAGCUGAAACUGGGCGAACGCUGAUCCUGUAAAACACGGGGCUCAAAUCGGAAACCCCUCCCCUCUCUAGAAGCCCUGCCCCCCCCCCACCACCACCACCACCACCACCACCAGAAGAAAGGUUCAGGGUCGCAGACAGUGCAAUCUACUACUGAGCUAUCUGUCAGUGUCUGUAGCCUCUUUUUAUUUAAGUUCAUUUCUGUUGGAUCUGAACCAGACGUGUUAAUUUAAAGAAAUUUUUUUAAGGUGUUUGUUGAAAGAAAGUGACGUUGCACUGACAUGAAAACAUGUACAUAAAAAUGUGUUUUGUAAAUAAGCCAAUGAAAAGUAUGUAUUUGAAUAUGAACUGUACAAAAUACUGUACUUGUAGUUGUAUAUGGAGUGAUACUGUUGAUCUGUAACUAAAUAUCCAACAAACGAAUUAAAUUCUGCAGAGCAAAAAAUGA